GGCUGAGUCAUGCGCCAAGCCGAAGGGACCCGAAAGUGCAAGUUCAACUUCCAACGCUUCUUUCCGACCAGACUGAAAGCGAACGCCCUUUCUCACUCUCCCUCCUCUACCCCAACUUUCCCCUCAUCGACCACCCCGUCGCGAUGAUGUCCCAGUCUCUCAGAGCGUCGCGCUCGCUCCUCUCCCGCGUCUCUCGGCAGCAGGUUUCUUCUGCUGGCCGCCGCACUUUCCUGACCUCCGCCGUCCGUCAGGCCGACCCCGUUCAGGAGCUGUACCUCCGUGAACUCCGUGCCUACAAGCCCACCCCCAUCAAGGCCGGCGACGCCGACGCUCACGUCCAGAAGUUCCAACUGCCCGCCGCGCCCCAGUCUCCCGAGGAGGCCGACCUGGCCAACCAGCUCAAGUCCUACGAGACCCAGGAAGUCGAGGUCGAGGGCCAGGCUGCCGCUGGCGAGGCCGCCCCCGUCGAGGAGAGCUGGUUCGAGGAGGAGGAGGAGGCUCCCGCCGCCCACUAGGUUUGAUGAACUUUCGCCCAUGAUCAAUGUUCCGGUUUUAGGGAAAACCGUGGGGACGAUUUUGGAGAACGUUAUUGUUCUCAAGUCCUGAGAGGCAUUUUGUAAAUUAAACCUACUCGGAGCAUAUGAGUUUCUUCAUCUUCAAGCAGUAUCUGCCUUACGAAUCCAUAUUCCUUCUGUU